GGGUGGAGUGGAGCUUGCUCGCCGCUCCGGUGGGCGCUCGGGCGGUGCGAGGGGCGGGCGGUGGCAGUGGCAGUGGCAGUGGCAGCGGGGCGGGCUCCUCCCUCCACUGCCUUCCCACCGCUGGCCCCGACAUGGUGCGGCUGCACGUGAAGCGCGCAGACGAGAGCCAGUUCCUGCUGGAGGCGGCCGGCAGCACCCGCCUGGCCGAGCUGGCGCCCCUCGUCGCCCGCAUCUACAAUGGGAGGCUGAAGGUGCAGCGCCUCUGCUCAGAGAUGGAGGAUCUGGCAGAGCAUGGUGUUUACUUGCCUUAUAAUAUGCAAGGACUGACAGAUGAACAAAUUGAAGAACUGAAAUUAAAGGAUGAAUGGGCAGACAAGUGUGUACCAAGCGGUGGAAGCGUCUUCAAGAAGGAUGAAAUUGGGCGAAGAAAUGGACACGCUCCAAAUGAAAAAAUGCAGCAAGUUAUUAAGAAGACAAUAGAGGAAGCCAAGGCAUUAAUCUCUAAGAAACAAGUUCAGGCCAAUGUGUGUGUUACGAUGGAGAUGGUGAAAGAUGCAUUGGACCAGCUCCGAGGGGCUGUGAUGAUUGUAUAUCCCAUGGGAUUGCCUCCACAUGAUCCAGUUAGGAUGGAGCUUGAAGAUAAAGAAGACUUGUCAGGAACUCAUGCUGGACUUGAAGUUAUAAAAGAAUCAGAAGCACAAUUAUGGUGGGCAGGAAAGGAGUUGAAAGAAACAAAGUUGCUGUCUGACUAUGUAGGCAAAAAUGAGAAAACAACCAUAAUUGUCAAGAUACAGAAAAAAGGACAAGGAGCUCCAGGGCGUGAACCUCUGAUUAGUCAUGAAGAGCAAAAACAGAUGAUGAUGUAUUACUACAAAAAGCAGGAGGAACUUAAGAAACUAGAAGAGGAUGAUGACGACUCAUUUCUAAAUGCUGAGUGGGCAGACAACCACGCUUUGAAAAGGCAAUUUCACGGUGUAAAAGACAUCAAAUGGGGGCCGAGAUGAAGCUCUGCAAACACCUUUUUGCCUCUUUAAGCUGUUUGGUUGAUAGACUUGUUUGCAACCAGGAGUUGUGUUAUGUGCGGUAGAUUCUGCUGACAAAAGCUGAAAUUGUCACUUCUGUAGCAGAUGCCUGUUUCAGCCUUAGGUUUUCAGUAAAUGUUGACAUCACUAUGUAACUGUAGCAGGACUUGCCUCUGCAACAAGUAGGAUCAAUCCUGUUUAAGUUCAUUUUCUUACUAGAAAUUUGUAGUUUGAAUAUUGAAAUAUUAAGCUAUUUACUAGAAAAUAUAUUUACUAGAAAAUAUAUUUACUAGAUAAUAGAUCUAGUAAAUAUGCACUAGAAUGUUUGGUAUUGUUUUGAGUGGUCUUUAUACUUUCUUCCUGAUUCUUGCAUUUCUUUUAGAUGAUAUGGUCUGUAAAAGGUAAUUUAUUUGAUAAAAAAUUUGUUUUCCCAGCCUAAUCCAGUGAAAGUUGGUGAUUUUUAUGUGUUUGUUUGCAUUUCAACAUAGCUAGUUCCAAACUAUCAUUUCAAAAUGAGUUGACCUCUUAGCAAUUGUUUAAAGGAGAUAUUUUUACAUAAACACAAAUAACAUUAAAAUCCUUGUGGAAUGCUUCA